AUGGCACUGGCAGAAGCUAGGGCUGCUUGGCAGAGAACGGCAAACCGAUGCUUGGUCCAGGAAGAUGCCAAAAGAGCUCCGAAGUUAGCUUGCUGCUCGUCUGCAUCUCCGUCUGUUAAGCCUUUCGAUGCAGGACCCGGUGGCGUAGCUGAUGGCCAAGAUACUCCGAGCAUAGGUUGUCUGCCUCUUAAUCGGAACUAUUCGUAUUCCAAUUUAUCCCCUAAUUCAAGAUGGUGGUUACAGAAUCAACCAAAUUAUGGAUAUCAAAACAGUUUGAUGAACGAGCAGUUUAAUGCCUCAGAGGCAAAUAUGGAAACCUGUGGCACUUUUGAUAGCUCCAGAGUCCAUGUGCGUAAUGAAGAUGAUGCUGGCCUUGUAGAUCAAAUUAGACAUGUAGAAUCCAUCCGAGAUAAUCAGUGUAGAAUCUUUCCAACUUCUGAAAAGAAAGAUUUUAGAGUUAAUGAUACUGAAAAUUUCCAAGAUCCUCUAAAGCUUGAAGACACCGAGGAUCAGAGUGAACUAACAAACAUAGGUGCUGUUGAUCGUGAAGUUUCAAAGAAAUCCAAUGAGUUUUGUUUUGAUUCAGAGGGUUCUUGGAUAGCGGCCAAGAAAAAUGACCCGUGGUGGCGAACUGCAGAUACAGAAGAAUUGGCUGUAUUGGUUGCACAUAGAUCUCUUGACCUUAUAGGGAAUUGUGAUCUUCCCCAGCCUCAGCAUAUUCAUGACAAGAAGGACGUAAACGUUAAUUUAUGCUGUUUUGGUUCCGACGGAAUUGACACCUCGUCAUUAGACCCGAAACCUGAAAGUUGCUACAAUUUAACUAGUCAUGUACCGGGAAGCUUUUCUGCAGAAAUUCCUUACAAGAAACAUAGGUUGUCAGCUGAAGGUGAAUUACUGUCAAGUUCAGAUAAGCGAUCGAGUGACAAUCCAACCGACAAAUGGAUGCCUGAGAUGCAUAAUUCUGAGAAUGAUCAGAGCAAGGCCCAACUACUGGAAGCAUUAUGUCACUCUCAGACACGUGCCCGGGAAGCCGAGAAAGCUGCAAAAAGAGCUUGCGCCGAGAAGGAACACAUUGUGCAGCUGGUCUUUAGACAGGCAUCACAGCUUUUCGCCUACAAGCAGUGGUUCCAACUUCUGCAGCUUGAGAACAUUUAUUUCCAGAUCAAGAACAACAAAAGCCAGCCAAUAUCCACCAUUUUCCCCCUAAAGUUACCACUGGUGCCUCAAAAAACUAAGAAAAUGCGAAAUAGCUGGCAUAAGUCUGGCAGGGGAAAACAAGGUAAACAAUCUCGUCCUCAACACGAUAUUAGCAGAUACGCAGUCAUUUUUGCAUUGGGUUUGGGUCUUGUUAGCGCCGGGUUUUUUAUUGGAUGGACUGUAGGGUGUAUGUUACCAAGCUUGUAA